UAUAAAAAUUUUUCCAUCCAAAAUUUACCGGAGAAAGAAAAGGGCAGCCUUCGGGCCAUUGAUCAUCCAGCAGGUUUAUAGAAAUUCUUUCUGCUGCAGAAGGCGAUCUCUCUGCUUCGACAUUCCAUUAGUUUCUGCGGCAGUAGGGAGGAGAUGGCAUCGAAGUUUCUCCAGCUGAAGGUCAAGGCUGCGCAAGCAUCACAAUUUGUUGCUAAGCAUGGAGCUGCCUACUACAAUCAGUUACUGGAGCAGAACAAAGAGUAUAUCGUCCAGCCACCUACAUUAGAGACAUGUCAUGAGCUUUCGAAGAAGCUGCUUUACACACGAAUGUCAAGUAUUCCUGUCCGGUAUGAAUCGUUUUGGAAAGAAGUUGAGGGCGUGAAGCACAUGUGGAGGAACAGACAAGACUUGACGGUGGAGGAAUUAGGCAUUGCUGCUGUUUUUGGUCUGGAAUUGUUUGGCUGGUUCUGUGUGGGGGAGAUUGCUGGCAGAGGAUUCACCUUCACAGGCUACUAUGUUUGAUGAAGUUACUCAGGAAAACAAGUAUGGCUUGCAAUUUGCAUUUGACUCCACUGUUUAUUACAUGAUCCCUAAACCCUAACAUUUUUUUUUUAAAGCUGGCAAAUCUGCAAGAAAAGCAUCAUUCUUAGACCCUAUACCCUAUUGGACAAGCAUCAUGCUCAAUUUAAUUUCAGAGUUUCGCAUUGUAUCAAUUUAGUCUCUCGACUAUUAAAGAUUGAUCCAGUCUAGUCCUAGAGCAUAAACUAAGAGUUAUAUAUGAGGAUAUUUUAGAUA